AUGAUCGCAUGUAUACGUGCCUCACUUCUGAGCCUUGUCAUUGCAUCUUCUGUCCCACAGGCUAGAAUUUUAGCCCUUAAUGCAUCAUACUUCUUGAAGAAUGGCGGCCACUUCGUCAUUUCCAUCAAGGCCAACUGUAUCGACUCGACCCAGGCUGCUGAGGCCGUGUUUGCCAGCGAAGUGGAGAAGCUGAAGGCCGGCCAGUUCAAGCCCUCGGAGCAGGUGACCCUGGAGCCCUUCGAGCGCGACCACGCCUGCGUCGUUGGUGGUUACAGGAUGCCCAAGAAGCAAAAGUGAAGUUGAGAAGAAGAAAAGAAG